GGUCAUUGGUGGAGAACUUCAAACGUUGCUGCCCCCUGAAGUGUUUGCAUGAGCGAGAGAAAAUGCACAUGGCUGGUUUAUCCCUUCCUCCUGGAAAACCUCUGGGUUUUUUGAAGACACUAUAAAACGCAGGAAGAAGAAUAAAUGGAUCCAGCUGACAUGGAGAAGCAGAAACCCUUCCUGACCCCUGAGCAGGAUGCCCUGAAUCACAUUGCCAAUGGCAAAGACAAAGCCUUUCUAGAACAACGAUUUAUUAACUCCUUUAAAGGAAAAGGCGUCUUCACCCUGAAAACUAUCAAACGGUCCAUGUUUGUUGUGGAGUAUCGAGGCCACAUCUCCAGAAGAGACUCGAGGCCUGAGAGGACUCGUCCAGAUGUUCUGAACGGUUUUCUCUUUGAGUUUUCAUGGAAGGGAGAACAAUGGUGUGUUGAUGCUUCAAAAGAAGACCAGACUCUUGGAAGGCUGGUGAAUAACGACCAUGUGAGCCCAAACUGUGUGGUGAGGAAGAUUGAGUUUGAGGGAAAGCCACACUUGUGUCUGUUCGCCGCAGAGGACAUCUCUCCAGGGGAGGAGAUCACAUACAGCUACGGGGCCGGGACGAACCCGUGGCACUCUGAGAAAUAGAAGCUUCAAACUCUAAUUCUUUUUCAUCAACUGCAAGAAGUACGAGGAGGAACGUCACGCCCGUCUCCUACUGUGAGAUCUCUGGCUUCGACAGUGACAGUCCUUCUUCUGACUUUGAGUUCAGCUCAGAGUUUAAAGAGAUGAUGAGAACAAGGAGGCGGUGUCCCUCAUACGGAGACCGUAAAAGCACAGAGGAUGAAUCAGAGGAACACAACCAAACUUUUACCGCUCGAAAUUACUGCUACGUGUGCGGUAAAGGCCGAGUCAAACUGUCUCGUCACUUUCAAAAACACGCAGCCGUGGAGCCGGAAAUCGCAGAGGCUCUGGCUUUGCCCAAAGGCUCCUCGGAGCGAAAGGCCGUGCUGAACGUUUUACGAAGCAGAGGGAACCACAAACACAAUCAGAAAGUGCUGAGGACCAAACGCGGAUCCCUGAAACUGUUGCAUUGCCCAAAAACCAAGACGGUGAAAACGAAGAAAUACGUGCACUGUCCGUACUGUAAAGGCAUGAUCACACAGUUGGACUCCCACACACACAUUGUCAUGUGUGUCAAGAGGAAAUUGACGGUGGCAGCGGUUCGUAGAACAGGAGGAACGCUGGGGGAUGCUCCUCCUGACGAUUGGGAGCAAAAAGUUCCACAUGGUGUCAGACAGAUUCUGUCGUCCAUGAAGCAGGACGAGAUCGCAGUGGUCCUUCAGAAUGAUUACGCUCUCAUGCACCUAGCUCAGAGACUGGUGGAGGAGCAUGGAAGUGAUCCCAGCAAACAGGAUUCUAUCCGGAGGAGGCUGAGGGAGAUGGGGAGACUCUUGUUUAAGCUGCACAAGAAAUGCAUUUUAAAACUAGAAGACGCUUUCCAACCCAAGAACUUCAGUAAAGUUGUGAAGGUUGUAAAAAUCAUGGCUGACUUUGACGUCAGAGUUCAAGCCUACAACAAGCCGGGCCUUGCUUUGAAAGUAGCCAAGUCCCUCCUGAAGGUUGGCCACGUCUUCCUCAGUCAGAGCAAAAGAAAGAAGAAAGCAAAGUCAGAUAUCAGCACAUUUAUGUACCUGUGUGAGAAGGAGUGGCUCGAAAAGCCUCCUCCGAUGACCAUCUCCCCAACGGUCAGCAGUCUGUCCACAAUCCCGUUCACACGGGACGUGCAGCAUCUUCACAGAAACCUGGAGAACUUAUCCGCCACUGCUGUUGAAAGCUUGACGACACAGAAAAACUCAGAUGCCUUCAUCUCCCUCUCCAAGCUGACACUCACACAGACGAUGGUCUUAAACCAGUUCAUCCCAAAGGUUUCAAAACUGACCCUCGGAUCUUUUCAGGAGACAAAAGACCAGGUGUUCAAGCACUUCAUCACAGUUAACGUUUCGAGUGAGACCGGCCGGAGCGUUCCCAUUCUGUUGACCUCUCGGCUCGUCAGUGCACUAACGCUGCUAGUCAGCAAGAGGGCGUUGUGUGGCGUGCACGAGGACAAUCCCUUCCUGUUUGCAAAGCCAAAUGGUUGUGCUACAGCACACUACAACAGGAGACACCUGAGUCAGGCCAUCAAACCAGAACAUCUCACGUCGGUGCAUUUCCACAAGCACAGCGCAAGGAUUUUCCAGAUCCUCUGUCUUGAGAAUGACGAGCUCGAGUGCCUCUCCAAGCUUCUGGGCUAUGAAAUCCAGACUGAUCGCUGUUAUUACCAAACACCAGAGGCAGCGGUUGAACUGGCAAAAAUUGCUAAGCUACUGUCGGCGAUGGAAAAGGGCACGCUGGAGAGAGCUGAAGGAAAAUCUCUGGAGGAUCUUGAGAUUGAAGAUAUUCUAGAGCCAGAAAAGCAGCAGAAUAACCCUGGGAGCACUGGAGCAAAAGAGGACACGAAUGAGUUUCUUUUUUUACUUCAGAAAAUAGAGGAUUUCCAGCUGAAGCUGAAAGCCCAGGAAGACGCCCUGGAGCACAUAAAGAGUGGAAGGGACAAGAGCUUCCUGAGGGAGAAGUUCAUUGACUCCUUCAAAGGAAAAGGUGUGUUCACCUGUGAAUCUAUUGAACCGUCCUCAUUUGUCGUGGAGUAUCGAGGGAGCAUCUUUGCUCAGGAAGAAGGUGAAUGUGACGACACUUUGGAAAAUUACCUAUUUAACUUCUCAUGGAAUGGAACGAACUGGUGCGUUGAUGCUUCGACUGAAGACGGCUCCCUUGGGAGGCUUGUGAAUGAUGAUCAGAAAAGCCCCACCUGUGAACUGAAGAAGAUCGUCUAUGAAGGGAAACCUCAUUUGUGUCUUUUUGCUUUGAAGAAGAUAUCAGCAGGAGAGGAAAUAACCUUUAACUAUGGGAACUCAUCCUAUCCAUGGCGCUCAAAGCAGGGGAAAGCUGAGACAAAGACAAACCCACUAGAAUUGGAUUCAAAUGAUGCCUCAUCUGUCCCACUGGAUAAAACGCUUUCUCCUUCAUUUCAGAAGGAGUCCUCUUCCUCCAACUACCCCUCCAGUGAUGAAUUCAUCUGUGAGGAAGAGUCAAACUGUAACGAGGUCUACUCCAGGUCUGAAGGGUCUUCUGAUAGCGAAAAACCUCCCAGCUUGGACGAUUUUGACUCUGACACCAAACAGUUGCGCCUCACCAGAAGGAAUUUCUGCUUUGUUUGUGAGAAACCACAGAGCAAAAUUUCUCGUCACCUGAAGACCCACAUAGCCGAAGUCCCCGAGAUCGCAGAGGUGUUCAGAUUGCGUCGCAACAGCAAAGAUCGCAAAAGAGAGCUGGCAAAGCUAAGAAACAAAGGCAACCACAUGCACAACAAGCAUGUCCUGAAGACUCGACAAGGGGAGUUAAGAAUGAAUAAAAAACUGAACAAGUCUUCCCUUGAAGCUUUUGCAGUUUGUAUUUAUUGUAAAAACAUGUUCCGUCGGCCAACCUUAUGCCAACACAUGCAGAAGUGUCCCUCGAAGGUUUCAAACCCCCCAGCACAAGGAAACUCUCAGAUCUUGGCUGCGGUGGCGGCGAGGUUAACAGACCCCGAGUGCGUGUCGUCCGACAUGAAGAAAUUCUUGGAAGCACUAAGAGAGGAUAAAGUUGGUCAUGGGGUCUUGAGGGAUCCUUACCUGGUGGAGCUGGCGCAAUGUAUAUUCAGCACAAUCAAGGGUAAAUAUAGAGACGUGAACAUUAGAUACAGGAUCAGACAGAUGGGGAGACUUCUACUGAUCUUACAGGAAAAGGGAAUCAGCUGUUUUGAAGAAGCCCUGAAACCCCAGAACUUCCCCCGUCUCCUUGAAGCUGUAAAAAAAUUAGCAGGUUCUGACAAAGAAUCAAAUUACUAUCGGAAGACCAAAGCGGAUAUCGGAAACUCUCUGAAGAAGCUGGCUGACAUUCGAUACGCCAUGAAUGUGAACGACAGCGAAGCGGUGCAGGAGACAGAGGAAUUUAUGAAACUCUGUCUGAUGGAAUGGCCCAUGAAAACAGCAGCUAAGGCGAACAUCUCCGGCCAGUCCACCAUUCCGUUUAUUCAAGAUGUGCAAGUUCUGUACCGGUUCACCCUGGAGACUGUAGCCUCUGCAGCCGAAACCAUGACUAAUUUUGUAAUCCCCCCUGUUUAUAUUGCCCUUCUCAGAGGGAUAGUUGCAUAUAUGUCGUUUCUGAACGGUGUAGAAAUUGGACAGGUGACACUUAAAUCAUUCCAGGACAGAAGGAAGGCUGAUGCUAACGAGAAUAAAGCUCUUUGCGAGUUUGAGCAGAUUUUGGCAAAGAGAACCGUGAAAAUCAACGUUGACAACAUGAAGGGCAAAAAGAUCACCCUCGUUCUGACUCCUGAUCUGCUCUCUGCAACAGAACUCCUCGUGGAGAAGAGAGGAGUUUGUGGCGUCCAUGAAAAUAAUCCUCAUUUAUUCGCCAAACCGUCAAAUUCCAGCUUAAACGCCUACAAUAUAGCCAGCAUCACCACCAUGUUUGUGAGUCGCUGUGGUGCAAAGAAGACGGAGAGCCUCCGCUCUGUUUUUUUCAGUAAGUAUGUGAGGACGGUUUUCCAGAUCCUGACUUUGGGGAACGAGGAGCUCAGUCAGUUGGCCAAACUGUUGGGUCGUGACAUUCCGACUCAGAAGGAGUACUACCAGACCCCCGAGGCAUCUGCGGACAUCGCAAGAAUCCUGGAACUGCUCUCGGCAGUGAGCUCAGGAUCUCUGGAGAGCUUCCAAGGAAAGUCUCUGGAGGAGAUCAGCAUACCAGAUGAACUGCUGCCAGUUGAUGAGAAGAGCAGUGCAACAAAGACAGAAAAAUCUGAAGAUGCUGCUCAGGAAAGAGCUAAAAAAAGGAAAAGUUCUUUCUCAAAGAAACCAAGCAAACGACAAAGAAAAAGGAGCCAGAAUGAAGAUGAUCAAACGGAUACACAGAACACAAAAACUGGUGAUAGUUUAGAGAAAACGGCAGCAGAAAGAGUUAUGGAUGCUCCAGAGGAAAUGGCAGCUCACAGCAGAGACGGAUUUGAGAUUUGUUUCAGCAAUGAAGAGGAAGACAUGCACAUGGACUUUGACGUGAACAUCAAAACAGAUGGCAGUGACGAUGAGUACGAGGGAAAUGGUGCAGAUGAGGCUGAUGAGUCAGAUGGAGGGAGUGCAGGCCCAGCGAUGGUAAGGGAGACAAGGGAGGGACAGUGUGAGAAGCAGAAAGACGCCUCUUCAGGAGACCACAUCACUGAAGAAAAGACAAAUGAAGACCAUGUGAAGAAAAACGAUACAAAUAAUAAAGAAGCAGAGAUGUAUGGCGGAUUGUCUUCCUCCUUAAGUAAAGGGAAAAAGUUUCCUUUGAUGAUGAAGGAAGUGAAAAUUUUGCUUCCAAGGCUAAACCCUGAGGAGCUAAAGGCUUUGCUUCAGCCUCCAACACCUUCACAGGACCCUCAGCUGGAGGAGGAUCCGCCUCACCACGACACCAGAAAACAGAGGGAGUCAACAGCCACGCCCACAGAGGAAACUCCCCGCUGUGCACAGACAUUGCAGAUGACCUGCUCCAGCUGCAAGAAGAGUAUGAAGCUGGGCCAAACUGCCUACCAGAAGAGAGGCUUCAGAGACGUUUUCUGCUCCAAACUAUGCCUGUUUGAGAAGUUUCCAGGGAACAGUGGCGCCACAAAGAAAUGCCACUUCUGUUUAAACAAGAUUUCCAAGCCUCUGGACCUCAUCAUGGCGGUCGUGGACCUUAAGGGAACAACAAAAGAUUUUUGCAGCACUUCCUGUUUGAGUUAUUUUAAGACGAGAUACCUUCGAAGAGGGAAGUCCCUCCACAGCAAAUCCACAAUAUCCACCCAGACUCCUCCAUCACACUGCAGCCUGUGCAACACAACCUGCAGUACAAGCCUUGAGGUGGAUCUUGAUGACGCCGUCCACAACUUUUGCAGCGAUGUGUGCGUGGAAGAUUUCUGCAGGGUCAACAUCGGUGUCUGCUCGUCCUGCGGAGCCACAUGCUGCAAGAAACCCCUCAGGCUGAAGCUGACCGACGCCACCAAAAUCUUCUGCGACACGAAAUGUUUGGAGGUCUUCAAAGAGAAAAAUGACACAUACCAUCAGUGCCUCAAGUGCCGCAAUUAUCUGCCCCUGCCAGACAUGCUCCACCACAAAAAUAAUGACUCCACCAUGAAUCUCUUCUGCAACUGGUCUUGUCUGUCGAGUUACAAGAAGAAAUGCAUCAAAGAGCAAGAAACAUCAAAUUGGAAUAACGAAGCAGGGAACCAGUCACAGCAGACAUCAAUAGCUGAUGAAGGACCGCUCUGCUCAGAUGUUCAGGAUGGCAGUGGCUCCCUGCCGGAUAAGGCGCCACAUCCCACUGUCUCCCUUGUGGACACUAUCUGUUGCAACUGUUGCAAAGAAGUGAAUAAAGGUUCCUCAAAAUACCAGAUAAAUGCAGAGGUUUUCUGCUCAGUGCCUUGUGUCAAAGAGAAACAUCCUCACAUCAAGUUUGUCUUUAAGAUGUGCUACAACUGCUUUAAUGUUAUAAAGAGACCACAAAACGUCAUCCUGGCUCCAGUGGACAACUCGGGAGUGUUGAUGGAGUUGUGCAGCAACGAAUGUCUUAGUGCUGUCAAAACCAAAAAGAAGAUGGCUGCCGUGAAGCCCCAGUCACAACAGGGGCCGUGUUCCCUUUGCAAGAUGUGUUCCAAGUACCGCUAUUGUAAGCAUCAGCGAACCAUUGGCAACGAGGUCCACAAGUUCUGCAGCCAGUCCUGCUUAACCAUCUACCACAGAGUCAACAAGCUUCCGUUUUCCAUGUGCGACGUAUGCGGCAACAUCUACCUGGACAAGGGGCUCACGGUGACGAUGGAGGGCUGCAGGAAAAACAUCUGUGGAGACAAAUGUCUCGUUAAGUUCAAAAAGGGAGUGCUAACGCCUCGUACUUGCCCAACGUGCCGUACGUCCCACUGGAUGUCAGACAUGAUUGAAAAUAAAGACUGCGAAGCUGAGUUGGAGUUCUUCUGCAGCCACAGAUGUCUGAUGGUGCACAAAGCCCAGACAAUCACCAUUUCAGACAUCAAGAGUUCUUCAUGCAACGAGGAAGAAGUGAAGCCGCCUCUGCUAAAUCUAAACUCUAAAGAUGCUGUAAUGGAUCCCGUUUCCCCUAAAAAGCAUGGAUUCAAGAUAAAAGAGGAGCAAAUUGAUGAGGACUACAAUGGAGACCCACCCGCCUCCAUGUUUCUGCAGGACGUCAAAGAUGAGCCAGACGUGAAGAAGGAAGACUUGAAGAUUUCUUCAGUGUUUUCUCUAAAAGAGGAAUCCAAACCUGCACAGCCCGCCUCAGGGCAAACAGACUGUCCUGCGUCCUGCUCCGCCUGCAAGAGCGUACUGAAGGACGGAGAGACCGUUUACCAGCGGAAAGGCCAUGCUGACAUCUUCUGCUCCACUUCCUGUUUGCUCAAGUUCUACCAAAAUAAAACCAUGAAGACGUGCCACUUCUGCCUGCAGAUGAUCUCACAGCCGGAGGCCACCCUCCAAAUCCUAGAGAACAAUGAGACGACCAUGAAGGACUUCUGCAGCCAAUCAUGUCUGUCCUCCUUCAAUUACAAGAGCAUCGUGUCUACAGAAAUCCCCAUCGCUGGAGCCCCUUCUCAUUCCCAGUGCAGCGUUUGUUCCAGAUACUGCAUUAGCAAACAUGAGGUCAAACAUCAGGAGGUCACCCAUAAGGUCUGCAGCGAUCCUUGCUUUCAUCGUUUCUGCAACAUCAACAGUCUGUCUGUAUGUGAGAACUGCCACGCCUGCAGCAAGACACCGCUCAUGCUCAAGAUGGAGGAUGGAAACAAAGCUCUCUGCAGCUCAGAGUGUUUGUCUCAAUUCAAGCAGAAAAACCAAACCCCGCAGCAAUGCUCCAUGUGCUCCACCUCUGCUCUCAUGUCGGACAUGAUUCCACACAAAAACAGUGAUGGACUGCUGGAGCUCUUCUGCACCAAGAGCUGUUUGAUGGCAUCAAAGAUCCAAGGCUUAAGUACAUCAGGCACAGAGUUAAACUGCAACAAUUGCGGUAUGAUGAGAAUACCAGCUUGUCAUCUCUCCAUGUCUGACUCAUCCAUACGAAGUUUCUGCACUCUGAAUUGCGCAAUGUCUUUUAAGGAGAAACACAAAGACCAGAACAAUGCUGCAAACUCACAAGGAACGAGCAGCCCGAUGGAAGCCGACCUUUACAGUUCGCCUGACAAACCAGCAUGCGCUCAGUGUCGACAGACCAUUCACACCCCACCCACCGUCAUCCAUUACAAAGAAGGGGUGAACUUUGUGUGCAGUCCGGCCUGUUCUCAGGAGUUUAAGAGGAUCAAUAACAUCGCAAGCUUGUGUGAAUACUGCAAGAAUGAAAGACUCAUCAAUGAGGUGAAGAGGGUCAACAAUAAGGACUGCUGCUUCUGCAGUGAAGGCUGCAAGAUCCUCUUUCAUUAUGAGCUGGAGAAGAAUUGGGGCAAACACUGUCAGUCCUGCACCUUCUGCCACUCCAUCUCCAAGACUGUAGUGACGGCCCACGAUGACGAGAAGGAGUUUUGCUCUGCAGAGUGCAGCUUCGGUUACACAAGCCUCCAAAGUCACGUGUCUGCAUGUGACAUGUGCAGUCACACGGGCAGACUGAAGGAGAGCCUUCCUCUGCUGGGAGAGGUCAAACACUUCUGCGAUCUGAAGUGUCUCCUGUGCUUCUGCAGCAAAAAGGUGCAGACGGUUCACACAGGCUCUUCAGUUUCUGGAUCUGUGGGAUCCGGGGACUCUUUGCCGGUCAUCACCAGCAUCAUCCCACUGUCCAACUCUGUGCCCCUCGCUGCUCAGCUCGCUUUUCCCGAUAUCCAAACUAAAGUUGUUGGACAUGCCAGUAUUCAGACAGAUUCCAAGGAGCUGAAGAACAAAUCUGUGUUCUGUGUUCCUCUGGUUCACAACAAAGGGGUCUCCUGCACAGUGCAGACGGUUGAAAAGCAAACCCAGACAGUCACUUUAAAGGAGAAAGUUCUUCCCGCAAAGCCAACAGUCCUGCCUUUGCCUUUGCCUGUGCCGGUGUACGUCCCUCUGCCCAUGAACAUGUACAGCCAGAUCACGCCACAGCCUGUCGCUCUACCUGUACUGCUGCCAGUGCCUGUGUUCCUCCCUGAGAAGCCUGACAGCUCUGAGCAAAAGCUGACUCCAGCUGAAGUCGUCAAAGAAGACUUCGGCUGCAGCCCGGAAAAAGAGACGACCAACCGGACGGAGCCGGAGGAUCAUCGGAAGGAGGAAGAGCAAAGGCAGCAAACUCUGUCUCCUGAUGAAGCUUCUCCUGUGAUGCUUCCAACAGCGGAUGAUGGGGACGGUGGCCCCUUGAGUGUUGAUCCUGUCAGUGUCAUCGACCACCUGGUUGCAGAUCCUGACCUUCAGCUGGCCUCCAGUGACACAGAAAACACUGUCGAUACGCCACUGAAUCAAACCCCGCCUCCAGAUCCAGGUCUUGGCACAUCCGGCUGUCACCCCCCUGACCCGCCUCCUCAGAAACGACCACCUUCUCCUCUGUUAAACGUCCCAGACAAGCAGGAGGGGCCUCACAAUGAGCGGACAUCUCAGCAGAGCUCUGAGAAGGCCUCAUCUCGGAGGCCUCCUUGUGUGAAGAGUAAAUAUGGAGUCUUUUCGUGGAGGAAAUGGAUCCAGAGAAGAAAAUCCAAAGCAGAUGUGGACCAUGUUUCUUCCUCUGCUGUGACGCUAAAGGCAGACAUUCUUGGGUGUUCUUCCUCCGAACUGAACGAGAGCCUCUGCCUCUUCAUCAAAGAGAUGACACGGCGGAAUGGAGAACCCUAUUCCCCCGACAGGCUUUUCUACCUCUGCCUCUGUAUCCAGAAGUAUCUGUUUGAGAACAUGCGUUCAGAAAACAUAUUCAGCGAUCGGACCUACCACAAGUUCUCUAUGGAGCUUACCAGGAUCCUGAAGCAGUUUACGUCGACCCUCACAGGCAGCGCUGUCAUCCGGUCCUGCGUAGAGGAGGAGUUCCUGUGGGACUGUAAGCAGCUGGGGGUGUACUCCCCCAUCACCCUCCUCAACACGCUGCUCUUCUUCUUCUGCAAGUACUUCCACUUCACCACGGUGGAGCAGCACCUCCAGCUGUCCUUCGCCCGGCUCGAGACGUGCACCAGAUUUAAGGAUGGACGAGAAACUGCCAUUCUGCGCUUCAAACCUGACAUGUCCUCAAACCAAAAGGAGCCAGGGGAAGGUGUUCCAGCAAAGAAGCUCAGGUUGAACGAGAGUGAAGAUUUCCUAGAGAUUGAGGAGAACUCGGCGAUCCCUGCUCAAUGUCCCGUCAGGCUCUUCAAGUUCUACAUCUCCAAGUGCCCAGAGUCGACCACAUGCCGAGAUGAUGUUUUCUAUCUUCAGCCGGGUCAGAGCUGCGUUCCCAGCAGCUCUGUGUGGUUCUCAUCCGCUCCUCUGGAUCACGGCAGCAUAGAAGCCAUGAUUGUACGAAUCCUCAGCAUCAGAGAGAUGCAAAGGGAGGAGAGUGGACGCACCUUUCCAAAUGCAUUUUAACUUUGUGUUAUGUAGGAAUCCACCUCAUCAUGUCUUCAUUGUGACAAGCUGCAGCUGAAAGAAUCUGAUACUUUAUGUUCUGUUGUUUAUUGGACUGGUCAAGUUAAGAUUCAUCUGAAAGUUUUUCAAGUUAACAGUAAGUUGAUCCUUUGGAUUUUUUUUAUACAGGUUUAAAGAUUCUUCUUAAACCAGCUGCUAACGCUUGUAUCUAUACUUUUCUUUUGAUAAAGUUGAUUUAUUUUUCAAUAAAUAAAAUAUGUUAUAAUCGCUAA